UAAAUCACAUUAACUGUCCAUAUGCAUGUGUGCUUUUAUAUUUAAGAUCUGGAAGAAAACGCACACUGUGAACAAAAGUAUUAUUUUAACCCAUUUUAGCUGCAGUCAAUAAACAGCAGCAUCUGUCUGCAGUCAGUAUAAACAUAUAUAUAUAUGAUGUGUGAGGGGGGAGUGGGGGUCUUUCCUUUCAGCUUUGGGGCCCCAGAAAUUGGUUGGUCCGCCCCUGCUAGUCAGAAAACAUCCAUCCUCCUCUUCAUCAGCUGCUGCUUCAUCCUCCAGCUGCUCUGUGGAGCACACAGACGGACAGACAGCACACACAGGUGGACUGACAGACAGACAGACAGACUGACAGACAGAGCGAGCAAACAGCCAUGAUGUCUGCUGCCUUCACGGAACUCCUCCUCCUCUUCCUCCUCCUCCUCCUCUUCCUCCGCGCUCCAGCACGUCUCCUUCAGCCGAACUGAAUCACGGAAAAACACCAAAAUGAGUCGUUUGUUCCCGCUCUGCUGUGAACCGCUCCUCUCUGGUGCAGCAGUAUAGCUAUGGUGUAUGCCCAGUCAUCAAACACAGUUGGUGUCAAUCCCUCCCUUUACUCUCCAUCUUUCACGUAUCAGAUGUCAUUUAACUACUCUGAGAGGGAGAACGCAACUGUCCUGGCAACCUUACCCACAACCCCCCUCUGCAGCCUCGAGGGCUCGUCCUCCGGCCAGCGGAACAAGACCUCCGCCUCCUAUGAGCUCACCUCAGGCGAGGUCGCCGUCCUGGGCUUGGUGUUUGGGGUUCUCUGGUUGGUCUCCAUCUUGGGAAAUGCCCUCGUCUGCCUGGUCAUCCACCGGAGCCGACGGACUCAGUCCACCACCAACUACUUUGUGGUGUCUAUGGCCUGUGCGGACCUGCUCAUGAGCCUGGGUUGGGCCCCUUUUAUCUUCCUGCAGGUCGCCUCGGGACGAUGGCCGCUGAGUGCCGCAGCCUGCAAGGCUGUGCGCUACCUGCAGCACCUCUGCCCAGGUGUGCAGGUCUACGUCUUGCUUUCCAUCUCCGUAGACCGCUUCUACACAAUCGUCUACCCGCUCAGCUUCAAGGUGUCGAGAGAGAAGGCCAAGAAGAUGAUCCUGGCCUCGUGGUUGUUUGACGCAGCCUUCGUGUCACCCUGCCUCUUCUUUUACGGCUCCACAGACAGCAGUCAUUGUGACUUUUUCCUCCCAGACAGCUGGGGCAGUAUAGCCUAUGCCGCCGUUCACCUCCUGUUUGGUUUUUUGGUCCCGGUGGCGCUAGUCGUGUCAUUCUACCAGCGGGUGGUCCGCUACAUUUGGAGGAUCAGCGCUGAUGGCCACACAGUGCGCCGGACAAUGAAUAUCGUCCCACGGACUAAAGUCAAGACCAUCAAGAUGUUCCUCAUGCUCAAUUCAGUCUUUUUCCUCACCUGGACGCCCUUCUACAUCGCCCAGCUGUGGCACCCGAGGGAGUCUGAGGGACCCAGUAGGCAGGGGUUGCUGUUCUUCACAGCCAUCGCCUGGAUUUCCUUCAGCUCCACAGCGUCCAAGCCCACCCUGUACUCUGUCUACAAUGCAAACUUCAGAAGGGGCAUGAGGGAGACCUUCUGCAUGUCGUCCAUGAAAUGCUAUCGCAGCAAUGCGUACACCAUCACAGCAAGCUCUCGGAUGGCUAAAAAGAACUACAUUGGGGUGGUAGAAAUCCCUGUGCAGGCAAAGACAGUCGCCAAGGACUCAGUUUACGAUACAUUUGACCGAGAGGCAAAGGAAAAGAAGGUAGCCUGGACCACUAACGCCAACCCUCCGAAUACUUUUGUCUGAGCGGGUUUGGAUAGUCUUAAAACUGGGAACAUACAAAAAUAAACUCGGCUGAAAUUUUAUUCUUCAACAGCACAACAUCAGUGUUGGCAAGUAAAGCUAGCUGGUGGACUAAGAUGCUAGCUCUGUAUUCAACUGAGACAAAAGCUCACAGAAACAGAAUGUGUUUGUAUAAAGGGCUUUUUUUCUCUGAUGUAACACACCUUCUGGCAGCCAUAUCGGAGGUUCUGUGAACAGCUAGCCGUUUUUAUAUGUCAGAUUUUAAUCAUAAUUAGUUCUGUGCUGUGUUUUGAUGAAUUGUUUUACCACUGGUACGUUGUGUUUUAGAUAAUGUCAGCUUGUUAGCUAGCUAACCAUAAUCUGUGGCCAUCUAUCAGUGACCUGUUGUAAAUGCAUCUGAUUUGCUGCAGUAAUGUAUGUGGUAGAACCUAACGUUAAUCAACGUAUGUUAUCAUUGACAUCAUCUGCUUUGCUACAUUAAGGGUAAUGGUGAGUUGGCUAGCUAACAAAGCCCGAAAUCUACAGCUUGUUUAGGUUAAGGCCCAAUCUCAACACACCACUUGCCCCUACCACUUAGCCCUUACCCCUCCGUUUUGCGCGCUCACUUUUAGAGGUAGGGUGUCCCGAUUCUUGUAGGGAUAGAGGCGUAGGGCGAAAUGUUAGGGCUAAAUGGCCCUACAAAUGGAGAUUUUUAAGAGGGACACUCCAUACAGAGUGUUAUGACAAAUCAUUGACAAGAUGGCUGCUUAAGCAACGAAAGAAACCCACAAAUAUAUUUUCUUUGUUAAGAAAGAUUUAAAAAUUACGUUAACCUCCGUAUUACCUUAGUUUAAUGUUGUUUCAAGGUAUUAUCAUCCUUUUCUUUAUAACAUGCAUAACAAAAGAAAUCACUAGUAUGCCAAUGUCUCGGUAGGAGCAUGGGUUGUUAGCAUUAGCCAGCAGAGCACCACUACUGCGCUACUGGCAGUGACAACCUGACAACCAUAACAAGAUGCCUGUCGGUCGUGCAAGAAAAAUCACCACUGCAGAGGAGGGAAUAUUUGUAAUAUCUGGCAACACCGGUUGUGUCGGUUUACAUAAACACUAGCAUACUGAUAAGGUAUCAGGGUCUUGAAUGUUUGUUGUGCAGGAGAAAUCACGACCGCAGAAGAAGGUAUAUAUGUGAUGUCCGGCAACACUCGUGUCGUUUUAUGUAAACACUAGCAUACCAAUGAGGUAUCAGGGUCUUGAAUGGUUGUCCCACUUUGUAGAACCUAGGACCCUUUGUAACUCUGAUACGACGUGCAAGGUGGCACUUGAAAACGAGGGGUAGGGGGCAGAAAUAUGAAAUGGGAUUGGGCCUAACUCAAAGCAGAACUCACAGUGUUGUGUAAUAAAAAGUAAUGGAGACUACAGAGCUGCAAAGUGGGAGAAGGUGCAGGAGUUUUCAAGUGCUUCCACGUCUUUGGUGGAAAUAAAACUCUCUCAACAAAAGAUGUAAAAUUGUGUCAGAAAAUAUUUAGUUCUUUGAUAAAACAUCAAGGGUACAAGCCUUGCAAGUGUUAACCACGACUUCUAAGAUUCAAUUCAGCAAUAAACAUCCAAUCAUAAAGCUUCAAAUUCUGAUAGUGACAACUGAAGUUUAUUUUCAGUUUAUUCAAUUCACUUUUCAAAAUUCUGGAUCAGGUUUGGAUUAAUUUGGCAAUUCCAUAUAGAGAUAAAAAUCUUUCAGGCAACCCUGGAAUAUAACUUUUUUGUCCAACGUUUUUAUAACCAAUGGCUACAUCUUAAAAUUUGUACCUAGUACAACAUGGCAACUACAGUACGUAAGAGCAGGAAAACAUUGUUUUUAUGGGAAAUAAAUUAUGGUUAAAGUAUGGUUAGAGUAUGGAUGCAGUUCCUCGGGUUAUGGCCUGGAAGCGAAGGUAAAAAUUCUUCCCACUUUGCAACUCAAUAGACAGCAGAAGUCCUGCUCCACUUUCAAACUAAUACUCGACAUUUCGACUGUCUUUACUGAGGUUUUGUUUCAUUUCAUGAAAAGCUGAAUACCAGCUGUUUCUGAAACAAUCUUUUUCUUGACAUAUCAAAUUAGACAUAGCAGAUUUAGCUGAUGCAUUAUGCUUCAUCUUAAUGUUUUGUCAUAGCACUAGAGGAACUUCUUGACUGUGUUCGCCUAAAAGUUGUUUCUUAAUUCAUUCUUGACCUUGGAAAAAGGAGUCGACAAACAGUUUCGCCUUAUUUAUUUAGUUUUCAUGGUAAGUUUUUGUUGCUUUUGAGUCUAUACUAUUAUACUCAUUUGUAGAGAGCCUAUUUUUUAAUCUUGUGUGCACAAUAAAAAUCAAAUGUUGCAACUUUGGGGGCUCAGCACAAGUAGAGUAUCAGAUAACUUGUGAAACAAUUGUGAAACAAGCUGGUCGAUAAAAAGCCACUCAGAAAGUGUAGUGGGACUUAGACUCUUUGCAGAUGACAGACGACUGUCCAAGUAAAAUCAACAUGGUCAAAUUAUUAACUCUGGCAUGUCACUACACCACAACAAGCCUUCUCUUUUCUAUUUUUUUCAGACAUGGUUGCUUUUAGACUAUGACACAAAGCCUCGACAUAUAUUCUACACCGGACCAGCUGAAUCUCAAACACAUGUAGAUGUUAAUAUUAGUUCAAAGGAUUUCUCAGGUAGUGCAG